AACACAGGGAGCCGAAUGAAAGUGAUAGAAAAAGAAAAAUAUUUACGUCACUCUGGUACUAGAAGUGCUAGAUAAGGCUCAUACUAGUACAACAACAGGAAAAUGCAUUAGUGGUAGCCAUCUUCCGAUAAAAACACUUGUGCGCGUAUUUAUCAUUCAAUUAAGUGGUAUACCACAAUGCUAUCAGUUAAUCUCUGAAAGACACUUGUUCUGAGAAACACUUGUGAGACACGUAUUUUAUUCCAGUACGUAGGUGUCGAACUACAUGAACAAAAUGACAUCUUCUGACGUUGGAAAUAUCUGCAAUUGUCUAUGCGUGUCUGUAAAAAAGAAGAGCGAGGAUGAGGAGGAUCUCUCAGACAUAGCACCUUCUUUAGAGGUGGACGAGAACGGUGCACAUGCAGCAGAUCAAGCACAUGGUUAAGGGUUUCCAAACUGCAUUCUGCGCUUGCAUCCUUGACCUUUUGGUCUCAAGUAGAAAACUUGGGCCAAAGGACAUGUUCUGAAGAAUGUAAUGCGGAAACCUCUAACAUGGAGGGGGAGAACAAAGGCAGCAGCCUCGAGAACUAGCAAGCGAUGCAGUUGUAGCCUUAGUUCAAGAUAAAACGAUGCAACGACAACUACACGAAGUAGAUCAUCAGAAUCUCUAUGUUAUGACGAAAGUGGUUGUGCUGGUAAAGAUGAUUACAUGUUAUGAACAACCUGUCCAGGUCCUCUAGUAAGAUCCUAGACUCUCCUUUUUAUUUCCACCAUCAACCUCUUGUUAGAUACGGACACUUCGAUACUAACCCUAGAUCAUAAAGAUGCCUCAGUCUCAUUCGUAUUUCUAAGCCAGUGAGGAAGAGACUGCGUCUCAUUCGUAUUUCUAAGCCAGUGAGGAAGAGACAUCGUCCGUCCAUCUACCUCUUCUCAGGCACAUCAAUCAAAUAGGAUAAAGAUGCCUCAUUAUUUGAAAUUCUAAGUCAACUAGACAUCGUCCGCUAAGAAACACAGACGGUUGUCUGCGAAGAGACGGUUGUCUGGGAAGAGAACGAAAGUUGUCCGCAGUAUUCUGA